CAGGGCGGGCCACCACUUAGCACCUUGCGAUACUCGACAACCAUCGACCGCACACCACGACCUCUGACCUUCUCGUGCGCGAUGUCUUCUCCGGGAGGCGAGCAGCCAUCGCCAACACCGACAUCGACGCCUGGUAUUGGCCUUCCCUCCCAGCAGCAAUUCACGGGUCCCUGGUUGUCCCAGCAGCUCUUCCUUGCAUCGACGCUCGGCCUCCUUUCCAUCUUAAGCUUCUCGCUCCUUGUAAAGAGACAGUCGUGGAGAGGUUAUCUCUCUCCCAUUGCCAGAGCUACAGGCGCCGAUGCGUACACAGAUGGCGACAGACAGCUCAACAAUGGUCAGCAUACACGUCUCGGCCGCUUCCUGUCUGCCCUCGGCUUGGACUGGCUCGCAGUCACCCUUUACACCUCAGAUGUCGCCACAGCCCAUCUCUCUGGCCCACCUACGUCUUCGGUUGAUACCCUGAGCCUUCUCAAGUUCUUUCGCUUCGGGGCAAGGUUGUUCGCAUGGAUGAGUCUAUGGGCCGUCCUCGUCUUGAUGCCUAUCAAUUGGCGCGAGAAUGGCUGGCUCGACGGGGUUCGACCAGCCGAUGAUGGCGAUGGCAGCGACCACAAGCGUAGGAAGAAGCCCAAGGAGCUGCUACUGAGUAUCUUGCUAAAGUCAAGGAAGGACAAGCCAGAGCCAGGGCCAGAGCCAGAACCCCAUCCUCUGCCGCCAGAUGCUCCUAUCCUGCCAUCUCUCCCUGCGACGAGCCUCUACGAUGGUGCGCACCUCGUCACAACAUACCUCUUCUCCAUCCUACUGCUCUGGUUGCUAGUCACGAGGACAAAGGCUUUCUUGGCCCAACACCAGCGCAUCCUCAAUUCCAUGCACUCCCACCUCGCAGCACGCUCCGUGCUCAUCCGCUCUCUACCCCCAAGUCUGCGCUCUUCGGACGCUCUGCAGACGUACUUCGGGUCCACCCUCGAGAUGCCUACGAAUCAGGCGUGGGUGCUGCCCGACGUAGGCAUGGGGGUGCGUAAGCUCCUCGCGCAGAGAGAGAAGGCGCUGCGUGUUCUCGAGAAGGCGUGGGUCGAAUGGGUGGGCAAUCCGGUCAAGCGAGAAUACAGGGCCGACUGGAAACCCGACCUCAUUGAAGAGCGCAUCAGGAAGAGGUCUGCGAGGGUCUUGGCUGGACAAGAGCAGCUGCCAGAGCGCGGCUGGCUUGUUGCGGCGAAACAGCCUAGUGGCCGCGCUGAAGCUGCAGAGGAAGGACGAUCGACGACAGCUAGCGAGACCACACCGCUUCUUCCAGAUGGCGAUGAGCGUGACGAUGUUAUCCCGGAUCUUGCUGGCGAUCCGUCAUGGGGUCCUCCCUCAUUCGCAGCCCAACGACCGACACGCCGCCUUCAUCUCUUCUCAACGCAGCGCGUCGACCUCCUUGCAGACCUAGAGGUUCAGUUCCUCAAACUCGAUGUUGCAGUCGGCACGGUGCGAGCCAAGAUGUUGCAGGGCGAGUGGAAGUCCAUCGGCGUGGGCUUCGUCGAAUUCAACGAAGUGCGCGAGGCUCUCGUUGCAUCCCAGACGCUCUACUCUGAGCAGCCAGGACCGUGCCGCACGAUCAUGGCGCCGGACAAUCAAGACAUCAUUUGGAGGAACGUGGGGAUCCCAGAGCCGGAGCGUCGGCUACGACAAUUCCUGAUCAGCAUCGCUCUCACGCUGCUCUACCUCUUCUACCUGCCGCCACUCUUCUUCUUGGGCUCCCUCCUCUCGCCGGGAGUGCUCAACAAGUACAUACCGGGCUUCUACAAAUUCCUGUCCGCUUCGCCUCGUCUCGAGGCUUUGGUCGAGACGUCUUUGCCCUCUCUGGUGCUCGUAGCAUUCAACGCCACUCUUCCGAUGCUACUCGAAGCCACAGCCCUCUGGCAAGGAGUCAAGACGAAGAGCGCCGUCGAGCUGAGCGUGCUCAAAAAGUACCACCUCUUCCUCGUCACGUCGGUCAUUUUCGUCUUCUUCAUCACCACGACGGCCUUCGGAGUGCUACUCGAGCUACGCGACAAUCCCAUGGCCAUCUUGGACAAGCUCUCCCUCCUCCUUCCCCAGGCACGCAACUUCUCCCUCUCCUACGUGAUCCUCCAAUCACUCACUAUCCUACCCCUGCAGCUGCUUUCGCUGCCUAUCAUGCUCACUGCGCCCUUUUACAUCUUGGCGGCAAAGACGCCGCGCGAGCAUGCAGAAGCGCACGGCACUCCGGUCUUCAAAGCGGGCACCAUCUACCCGCAAGCGCUGAUCGUCGCCACCCUUGGACUGCUCUACAGCAUCGUCAAGCCCCUUGUCACGCUGUUUGCCCUCCUUUACUUCUGUGUGGGGUACAUCGUCUUCAAGUACAAACUCCUCUUCGUCUUCUACCCGCCUCCCUCCUCCACGACGGGUCAGAGUAUCAUCAGCGGUGUACUCCGCCCGAGGCUCAUCUUCGCUGUGGUGCUCUUCCAGGUAUUCCAGCUGAGUCUCUUUUCUCUGCAUGGUCAAGUGCUCCUUGUGGUGCUUAUGCUUCCCCUCAUCGGAGCCACACUGUGGUUCGGGCGCUACCUGGCUAAGAGGUUCGAGAAGCUGGAGAUGUACGAGGCACUCGAAGGCGCGGUCAGCGCCGACCGUGCGCAGCGACUUGGGGACGUGGACGCGGAGCAGCAGCAGCUGAUGGAGAGUGGUGGUGCCACUCCAGAGGCGAGCGACAGCCUUGCUAGCACGCGCACCCCUUCGCCGAGCGCGGAGGAAUGGCCGACGACCAGCUUCGACGAGGCUGCCUCUGAAUGGAACAAGGCGCGCCACGCCUCACGGCACCACGGUAGCGCGACUGGGGCCAGCACGCCUUCUGAGGCGGCGAGCAAGCGUCGUAGCGGUGACUCUUCGAAAGCGACAGCUGCUGCAGCGUCGUCGACGCCUCGCAAUCUGCUCAAGGGCAAGAUCCUCACCUCGGCCUCACGCCUCGGUCGUCGAGGCAAGGCGAGUGGCCCUUCACACCCUCGUCGCGGUCUAUGGAACACGUCAAGCGGCACGAUGAAUCGUUCCAUCUCUGCUCCUGGGCCCAUAGCCAUCUAUCAUCGCCCGGAGUCGCAGUACACCAAUUAUCGUGAGGCCAGUGGGGUGAGCGAAGGCGGCACGUAUGACUCGCUGCCUGGCCUGGUUGAGAGACGUAGCCGCUUCUUCAGGGAGGGCAGAUUGAGGCGCUCGAGUAUUGUGGGUGAGAAUGCAGAGGAAGAGAGGAGAAGGGCACAGGCAGCGGCGGUGGCCGAAGAUGACGAUGAGGAGUCGGAUGAGGAUGAGAGUGAAGGAGAGGGUGAAGACGAAGAAGGGGCCGACACCUACGAACACCCCGUUGUGCAGGGCAGGCUCAAGCAGCUCUGGCUACCCAGUGCGAAACGCUCGCAUCGUUCGUGAUGUUAAAGCCUCCAGAACACACGCUUUUAGCUUUCAUACCCAUGUAUUUACGCUUCAUCUCUCGCAGGCAGUAGCUUUCCCCUCUGCUCUCAAUCAUCAUCCGAAGGUGUUCCUCCAUCGCUCUCAUCAUCAUCCUCAUCGACGAUGUCCCCCUUCUGCGAGAAGCCAGCCUGAGCCUCUGCCUCUCUCAACAUUCUGUACAGCUCCUGACCCAAAGGACGCUCCUUUGCUGCUCCGACAAGUACGUCUACGGGCUUCUGGUUAGAGUGGUUGCGUACGCGAGGAUCCGCGCCCGAAGAGAGGAGUUGGUCGACUG